UUGUUUUCCGCCGCCGCGCAAAGUCAGAUUCCUCGGACCGCUCGACCGAAAAGCACGCGACUCGACAGCCGCCGGAAAAGGGAAAACGGGAAAAUCGCCAAAGGGACGGAACGGAAGGAAAAGCCGAACGGCAACAGCAAAACAAAACAGACGAGGAAAAGCGGUGCAAUCACAAUCAUGAAGGUCUGCUGCAUUGGGGCUGGCUAUGUCGGGGGUCCGACCUGCGCGGUGAUGGCGCUCAAGUGCUCCGACAUCGUGAUAACCCUGGUGGACAAGAGCUCCGAGCGGAUUGCCCAGUGGAAUUCGGAUAAAUUGCCCAUUUACGAGCCGGGUCUGGAUGAGGUGGUGAAGAAGUGCCGCAAUGUGAACCUCUUCUUCUCCACGGACAUCGAGACGGCCAUCAAGGAGGCGGACCUCAUCUUCAUCUCGGUGAACACGCCCACAAAGACCUGCGGCAAUGGCAAGGGUCGAGCGGCGGACUUAAAGUACGUGGAGAGUGCAGCCCGAAUGAUCGCCGAGAUCGCGCAGUCCAACAAGAUCGUGGUGGAGAAGAGCACAGUGCCCGUGCGGGCGGCGGAAAGCAUCAUGCACAUACUCCGGGCGAACCAAAAGCCCGGCAUCCACUACGACAUUCUGUCCAAUCCAGAGUUCCUGGCCGAGGGCACUGCCAUCAACGACCUCCUGAAUGCGGAUCGCGUGCUGAUCGGUGGCGAAGAGACGCCCGAGGGUCACCAGGCGGUGGAGAAGCUGUCGUGGAUCUACGAGCACUGGAUUCCCAAGCAGAACAUCCUCACCACCAACACGUGGAGCAGUGAACUGUCCAAACUGGCGGCAAAUGCCUUUCUGGCCCAGCGCAUCUCGAGCAUAAAUUCGCUGUCGGCAGUGUGCGAAGCCACUGGAGCAGAUGUCUCCGAGGUGGCGAGAGCCGUGGGUCUGGAUUCCCGCAUUGGUUCCAAGUUCCUGCAAGCCUCCGUGGGCUUCGGUGGCAGCUGCUUCCAGAAGGACAUCCUCAACCUGAUUUACAUCUGCGAGAACCUCAAUCUGCCGGAAGUGGCCGCCUACUGGCAGCAGGUGAUCGACAUGAACGAGUACCAAAAGAGGCGAUUCUCGCAAAAGAUUAUUGAGAGUUUGUUCAACACGGUUUCGGACAAGAGGAUAGCCAUCUUGGGCUUUGCCUUCAAGAAGAACACGGGGGAUACCCGCGAAACGGCGGCCAUAACUGUGUGCCAAACUCUUCUGGAGGAAGGCGCUGCCCUGGACAUCUACGAUCCGAAAGUGGAGCCCGAGCAAAUCAUCGACGACCUCACGCAUCCUAGUGUCACGGAAUCGCCGGAGAAGGUCAAGAAGGCUGUGCAGAUCCACAGUGAUCCCUACAGUGCCGUUCGAGCCACCCAUGCCUUGGUCAUCUGCACGGAGUGGGAUGAGUUUGUGGACCUGGACUUCAAGCGCAUAUACCAAUCAAUGAUGAAGCCGGCCUACAUAUUCGACGGCCGCAAGAUCCUCGACCACGAGCGACUGCUGCAGAUCGGCUUCCACGUCCAGACCAUUGGCAAGAAGUACCAGCGAGCUGGUCUGCUACGCUCCUGGGGCAUUGUGCCCCAGCUUUAGGUGCGGAGGGCGGCGGAGGUGGUGGCAUUUACACUUAAAGUUGGCGAAAUUUCCAGUAUUUGCGAGACUAAAUUGUAAAUAUCCGUAUCUGUUUCUGUAUCUGAGUGUGUGUUAGAGUGGGUCGAUUUAGAGGAUAGAGAGUGGCUAGGACAUCAAAUCUUUGACUAUCAGUAUGGCCCUGCUUAAGUUAAAGUAUAAAUAGAAAAGGUUUAUUAUUUUUAAGAAAUUAACUAUCAAUUGACUUGGUCAUUUCCUAUGAAGUAGAAAUAUAAUAUAUUCUUUAUAUGAAUUUCUAAAGAAAAUAAGCUUUGAGUUACUUAAUCGGACAUUUCAAACUACUUUGUUGUACAUAAUUAGAAAGCACAAUGAAAAUUAUUAAGGUAAAAGUUCGCCACUGAACUAAUUGGCCAAUUAAUGAAUUUAGGAAUUUAGAAUUUCCCUAAUAUCGACCCAGUCUAGCAAUUGUGUUUUUAAAUAGUUAAAGUAUUCAGCUAGGCACUCCCGAAGCGGAAAACCCGAACCGUAUUUGUAUUCAUAUUCCUAUUCCCCUGCCGAUCCGCCACUCGAGGAUCGGCAGUUGCAAUAUAAGCUCCAGCGGGACAAUCCCCUCCUGCGGCGAGUCAAUAAAAACCAGCAUUUACACGAGA